AUGGCGGGCCGCAUCCAUCGCGUCACCAUGUUCAAGAUUGUCGACGAGGGGCAGCAGAAGCAGAUGAUUGAGCAGUACAAGGCCAUACAGAGUGCGGAGAAGGACGGAAAGCCCUACAUCCUCAGCCUGGUCGUCGGCCACGCCGCCGAAGACCCGCGCGCCCAGGGCUUCACCGUCGUCUCCAAGUCCGAGUUCGCCUCGCUCGAGGACAUGAAGUACUACGACGAUGAAUGCGCCGCCCACGCCGCCCUCAAGGCCUACGUAAAGGAGAACAUCACCGUCUCCGGCUUCAUGUCCGUCUACUUUGAGCCCGCAUUCAUCGCCUAA